CUCCCCGGUGCAUGUUUGGCGAACCCAAAAGGAUUGGCAAACUGCUCCUUCAAAGUUUCCUGCCUCCCAAAUUGGCCGGAAUAUGUCUCUGACCAACACAAAGACCGGCUUCUCUGUGAAGGACAUCUUGGACUUGCCUGACACCAAUGACGAAGACGGGUCCAUCGCGGAAGGCGGGGACGAGGAGACGGAAGGCUCGGAGCCCCCCAAGAAGGCCGGCAGCGGAGGAGGAGGAGGCGUAUUGGGGGCGACCGCCCUGCAGGACGCGGUGCAAGGGCUGCCCCUGAAGAGCCCCUUCUACGACAGCGCAGACAACCCCUACACGCGCUGGCUGGCCACCACCGAGAGCAUCCAGUACUCCUUGCACGGCUUGGCCUCCAGCAACUCCCAGCCGGACUCGGCGUCCAAGUCCCCGGAGCCCUCGGCGGACGAGUCCCCGGACAACGAGAAGGAGGGCUCGGGCGGCGUGGGGGGCGGCGGCGGCGGGGGCGACUCGGGCAAGAAGCGCAAGCGGCGGGUGCUCUUCUCCAAGGCGCAGACUUACGAGCUGGAGCGGCGGUUCCGGCAGCAGCGCUACCUCUCGGCGCCGGAGCGGGAGCACCUGGCCAGCCUGAUCCGGCUGACGCCCACGCAGGUCAAGAUCUGGUUCCAGAACCACCGCUACAAGAUGAAGCGGGCCCGGGCCGAGAAAGGUAUGGAAGUGACUCCUCUCCCCUCCCCGCGCCGCGUGGCCGUGCCCGUCCUGGUCCGGGACGGCAAGCCCUGCCACGCGCUCAAGGCCCAGGACUUGGCCGCCGCCGCCGCCGCCGCCUCCUUCCCGGCCGGCCUCUCCUUCUCCGCCUACGGCGCCCAGUCGCUCCAGCAGCACAUGCAGUACAGCGCCCAGUACGGCUCGGCCGGCGCCCCGCAGUACCCCUCCGCCCACCACUUGGUACAGGCCCAGCAGUGGACUUGGUGAAGGAAGGAAGGAAGGAGGGACGGCGGGAUGGAGGGGGCGCCCAGAGACUGGUUGGCAAUGGUUGGGCCCCGCCGCCGAGCCCACG